UAUUUUUUUUCUUACACUCCGUGUAAAAUCUCUGUUAUUCUAAUUACAUCUUUAUAUUCUGUGAUGGGGAUGCUACUUCUGCUUCUAUAUUUAGCUCUUCUUGUGACCAUUCUGGCUGUUACUUGUAUUCUUCUAGCUCACCUCUGGUUUCGAAUAUCCAUGACAGCCAAGAACUUCGAAAAUUUUCCCACAUAUGGUGCAGCAAACCCUCAGUUGGUUUUCUGGAAGCAAUAUUGGCAAUCACGAAAUUUCAAAUCAGACCAGAUUCCCAUUUUUUCGAAUUUGUUAGAACUUUUAAGUGCGGAAGCGUACAUAUUCCAGCGUGAAGGCGUAUUUCUAAAAUGGUUUGGUUUCACUCCAUACAUUUUCAUUUAUAAAGCGGAAUACAUCAAGGAGGUGAUUAACAGCCGAGUUGCUGAUGACAAAUCUAAGGAUUACGUUGCUUUUGAACCUAUUAUGGGAACUGGUUUAGUUACCAGCAAUGGCAAAAAAUGGCGAAAUAGAAGAAAAUUAAUUCAACCAUGCGUUCAUAUGAGAAACUUGAGCAAACUAAUUCCCAUAUUCAAUGAAUAUUCGCUGGUGCUUGUGGGAAAACUGAAGGAAAAAGUAAACGAACCAUGGAUUCACGCUGAAGAUAUGAUCAUUGCCUGUGCAGUGGAUAUUAUCUUUCGUACUGCAAUGGGAAUUCGGGUUGGUGCUCAAGAGAGAUUUCAUGAAAUUUCUGAAAUUCUCGUAGUUGGAGAAGAAUUAACGAAGCUCAUGAUAGACAGACUCUCCCACCCAUGGCUUUGGUACGAUACCAUAUUCUACUGUACUUCCGCAGGUCGUAAGUUUCAAAGAGCUGAGAACAAGUUACGUAAUGUCGUUAGAAAGGUAAUCCAAGAAGGGAAGGAAAUUUUGGAAGCAAAAGAAAGACAUAUUAAGCUUGGUCAAUAUUCUGAAAAUAAAAACAAAAUAUUUUUCGAAAUAUUAUUGGAAGAACUUGCUAAGGAUAAAAAUUUUACAUACAAUGAUAUUGUGGAAGAAUCUAUUACCUUCAUAUAUGCAGGAUUUGAUACAUCAAGCUCUGCUUUAAACUGGGUUCUUUGCCUAUUAGGCCUACAUAGCGACAUUCAAGAUAAAGUAUUCCAAGAAUUAUAUUCCAUAUUUGGAGAUGAUAAAACAAGAGAGGUUACGAUUCAUGAUGUGAAGAACUUGGUAUAUCUAGAACAAGUUAUUAAGGAAACUUUGAGACUAUACCCAUCGGUACCCAUCAUAGGGAGAGAAAACAAGGAAGUUAUUAAAAUCGGAAGCUACGUUGUUCCACGUGGCAGUCGAAUCGGUAUUUUAAUCAAUAUGCUUCAUAAAAACCCUGACAUGUUCCCUAAUCCGGAAAAAUUUGAUCCGGAAAGAUUUUCUCCAGAAAACUCGUCGGAAAGAGAUGCGUUUUCCUACUUGCCCUUCUCGUGCGGAGCUAGGACUUGCUUAGGUUCCACAUUUGCAAUGAUCCAAAUGAAGAUUAUUUUAGCCCACGUUCUUCGGAACUUCAGCGUUACAACUCUGGAUCCAUUGGAUAAGAUAAACAUUAUGAUGACGUUGACCCUAAAGUGUUUGAACCCACCGCGUCUGCGUUUCUCUUCUCAUGCAUGACUAGCUCCUGUUAAUUAGAUGUGAUGUUAGUUAUAAUGCAUUGCAAUUCCACCAGACAUUCUAUUAAACACUUAAUUUAAUUCUUAGUGUAGAAACACUUUAAAACGUUUUAUAUUUCGUGAGUGUAAAUUGACGAAUAUUUUUAACUCAAACGAUGCUAAUAAUUCCGAAAGUUUUCUUAUGCAUUGUCCUUAACGGAA